AACUUUCGUUUCUUAUUGUUGACUUGUCAAAUGUUUUUGUCGUCUAAUUAGAUUCCAAUAAGAAUCACUUCCUUCUAGAAAUCAUGAAGUGUGUACAUAGAAGUAAAUCAGUCUGUUUCACUUCAUUGAAUUUGUCGAUAUUGUGUCACAACUGAUAACACUGAAAAUAAAAUGUCAAUAACAUUGCAGUGACGUUUCGCAUUCGGAAAAAUCAUAUUUCGAAUCUACCUACCUUAUUUUAUUAAAAUGUAUUAUUUAAGUUCUGAACUCGUGGUGAAAUAAUGAUAUAACAUAUACAAUUUAUUUAUUAAAUCAAGCAAAUUAUAAAUUGUCGACAUGACGACUAAGGAGCUGUAUACCAAGGGUGCCCGAAUAUGGGUGGAGCACCCAGAGAAGGUGUGGGAGGGCGCCUGCCUCACCUCGGACUACCGCUCCGGGGUGCUCAUCGUGAAGAUAGACCAGACCAACGAGAUACGCCAGAUCAAGAUCACGGAUGAAGGGAAGAUGCCGCCAUUACGGAACCCUUCGCUUCUCAUUGGAGAGAAUGACCUCACAUCCCUCUCAUAUCUUCACGAACCUGCUGUACUACAUAACUUGAGAGUCCGGUUUUGCGAUCGCAACGCCAUCUACACAUACUGCGGCAUCGUGUUAGUUGCAAUCAAUCCUUAUUACGAUUUACCUAUUUACGGUGAUGAGACGAUCAUGGCGUACCGAGGGCAGUCGAUGGGCGACCUGGACCCCCACAUCUUCGCAGUCUCCGAGGAGGCCUACACCAAGUUGGAGAGGGAGAGUCGAGACCAGAGUAUUAUAGUGAGCGGCGAGUCAGGUGCCGGCAAGACGGUGUCAGCUAAGUACGCGAUGCGGUACUUCGCGGCUGUGGGCGGCAACGCUAGCGAGACUCAGGUCGAGCGGAAGGUGCUAGCCAGCAGUCCUAUUAUGGAGGCUAUUGGCAACGCUAAAACAACCCGCAACGACAACUCGUCCCGCUUCGGCAAGUUCAUAGAGAUCCACUUCGACCACAUGUACCGGAUAUCCGGGGCCAGCAUGCGGACCUACCUCCUGGAGAAGUCCAGGGUCGUGUACCAGAGCUCGGGCGAGAGGAACUACCAUAUAUUCUACCAGUUAUGCGCCGCUGCUAGGCAUAUGCCGGAAUUGCAAUUGGAUCAUCAAGACUCAUUUCACUAUUUGAAUCAGGGCGGGAGUCCUAAUAUUGAUGGUGUGGACGAUUUGAGAGCCUUCAAUGAGACUAAGAACGCUUUGAGCACUCUGGGAGUAUCAGAAUCGGAACAGCAGGACAUGUUCACGAUCCUGUCGACUAUCCUGCACUUGGGGAACGUGGAGCUGAGCGCGGCCGACCCUGACGCGGAACCCACUGACGACGCUGAUGAUGGAGCAUUUAUUAGUGCGAACGACAAACACCUAACAAUAGUUUGCUCACUGUUGGGCAUAUCGAAAGCCGAGUUAUCCCGCUGGCUAACCCACCGCCGUAUAGCCUCAGCCCACGAAGUCAUAGUUUCCAGAAUGGAACACCAGAGGGCGGUGUUCGCGAGAGACGCUUUAGCUAAACGCAUGUACGGAGAGCUGUUUGCUUGGCUAGUACAUGCUGUUAACAGGGCAUUGGAUACAGGACAUGCGAAGAGGCAUUUUAUUGGCGUCCUGGACAUCUACGGCUUCGAGACCUUCGAGAUCAACUCCUUCGAGCAGUUCUGCAUCAACUACGCGAACGAGAAGCUGCAACAGCAGUUCAACUCGCAUGUCUUCAAGUUGGAGCAGGACGAGUAUAUUAAGGAAGAGAUAUCAUGGAAGAUGAUAGAGUUCUACGACAACCAGCCGUGUAUCGACCUGAUCGAGGACCGGCUGGGGGUCCUGGCGCUGCUGGACGAGCAGUGUCGGGUCCCGCAGGGGAGCGAUGCCGGGUUCGCCGCCAAGCUGCACCAGACCUGCUGCCGGUACCCGCACUACAUGAAGCCCAGGUUCGGGAACUCAGCCUUCAUCAUCAAGCACUUCGCGGACAACGUGGAGUACCAGUCAGGCGGCUUCCUGGAGAAGAACCGGGACACGGUGUCUGAGGAGCAGCUGGAGUGCAUCAGGUCCUCGACCUGCUGCCGCCUGGUGCACGCCAUGCUGGCGGAGCGCCAGGCCGAGGCCUCCUCCGCGACGCUGCCGCCCCCCUCCAAGAGGAGGACCACGCCCUCCGUGCCUGUUACCAGCUUGACUCAACCAGGUCGCCGCGCGUCCGGCCAGAAACAAACCGUUGGCUCCCAGUUCCGUCUGUCGCUGUCCGCGCUCAUGGCGACCUUAUCUGCUACGACGCCACACUACGUACGAUGUAUCAAACCCAAUGAUACCAAGGAACCGUUCAAAUUCGAUAACGCAAGGGCUGUUAACCAACUAAGAGCAUGUGGUGUAUUAGAAACUAUAAGAAUAUCAGCGGCCGGCUUCCCAUCGAGAUGGCCAUACCAAGAGUUCUUUAACAGGUAUCGGCUUCUCUGCCUCCACAAAGAGAUUGACCGCGGCAACAUCAAAGGCACGUGCGGCAAGAUACUGUCGCGCCACGUCAAGGACCCUGAUAAGUACCAGUUUGGUGCCACCAAGAUAUUCUUCAGAGCCGGGCAGGUGGCCUACCUAGAGAAGGUCCGCGCGGAGUUACAACGCGAGUACUGCGUGCGAGUGCAGAGUUGUGUGAGACGGUUCAUAGCGCGACGCAGGUACCUGCGCCUGCGCAGCGCACUGCUGCGGCUGCAGGCCAGGGCUAGGGGGUUCUUAGCCAGGAGAAAAGCACAAGAGAUCCGUCGUCGCCGAGCCGCUAUCAAGAUCCAGCGAAACGUCCGCGGCUGGUUAGCCAGGACCAAGUACCAGCGGCUUCGUAGACUAGCGAUCGGCUUGCAGGCGAGGGCCAGGGGGUACCUAGCCCGGAACCUGUAUAGAGAUAGGAGGAGGGUGAAGGCGGUUAUAACCGUACAAAGGUAUGCGCGCGGCUAUCUCGCUCGCCAGCGUGUUAAGAAGAUGAGACGGCAGAUCGUCAUCGCACAAGCAUCUAUACGUCGCUUCCUCGCCCGUCGUCAAUACAAGCGCCUACGCAUCGAGGCUCGCAGUCUAGACCACGUCAAGUCAUUGAACAAGGGUCUGGAGAACAAGAUCAUAAGUCUUCAGCAGAAGCUCGGCGAUGCGAUGGAGAAGGCUAAGGGGAUAGAACCGCUCAUGAUGCAGAUCGUAGACCUCAAAGCCAAAGUAGAAAUCCUAAGACACGUCGAAACUGAAGCUAAGACUCUACGCACAUACAUUGUAGACAAGGACAGCCUUAUAGCCUCUCUUAAAGCAGAGCUCACGCAGGAAAGAGACAGCAACAAACUGCUGAAACAAGAGAAGAAGACGAUAGAAGAGCAGUAUGAGAAGAACAGAGUAGCGUGGGAUGAAGAGAGUGAGAAACUAGCUGUCGAGUUGAAGAGUGUUAAGGAACAUUAUGAGUUGGCGAUUGAAGAACGAGACAAACAGCACGAGAGAGAGAAGAAUGCUUUGAACGCAGAACUUGAAGCGGAGAGACAGAGUCGGCAAAAGUUGUUAUCAGCGCAAUAUGAGUUGCAGGAGAGAAUUGACUCGCUACAAAGUAAACCGGCCGCCAAGGAACACAGGCGUUCUCUAUCAGACGCCAGCAACAACUCGCAACAGGAAACAACGGUCGAAGAUGACUACGGUUACGGGUCGGUUAGAUCUGUGGAGAGCACGCGACCGGCGCUGGAGGCUGUCAACUGGUCCGCAGGGUCAAACAAUGGCCCUUCACCGGUGGCCGACGCAGGCCUAGUUCUGCGCAUGCGCAACAGGAUCUCAGCGUUACAGAGCGAACUCUCUCGCACCACGAAGAGAGCUGCUGACCUCGAAGAGAGGAUUAUGAACCGCAACGCCUCGCCGCCGACCAAUCCAAACAUAGACCGUUACAAGCUAGAAGAGUUGGAGAUUGAGAACAAGAAGCUGCGAGAGCAUCUGGACCGGCUGCGGGCCGCGGGAGACUCCAUGCUGGUGUCUAAAGAGGUCAUAGAACAAAUGAAUAUCAUGCAGAAAGAGCUUGACAGGCGAAGAGACGAAUGCGUUCAACUAAAGAGCGUUUUAACAAAUCAGAAACCGUGGUUCCAAGCUUUGAAAAACGUCACGGUGAAUCUAAAGUCGCUCGCUACCUCCAACUACGGCUCCGAUGUGGAUAUCAUCAACGAGGAUGGCGAGCUGGCGACCGCUUACGAAGCACAGAAGGGUAUUAACAGACAAUUACAAGAAGAGUUGAUUGCUGAGAAGAAAUUCUAUUCAGAGCACAUAUCUAAAGCGAAAGCGGAAACGGAAAGACUCAGAGAGGAGAAUGAGAAGUAUCAGAAAUUACUGAGUGCUGAUCUCAGUUCGGAACCCAAGAAUAAAUCUCAAGAGUUCGCGCAGAACGAGAUUAUAAGACUAGCUGCUGAGAGUUUGGCGUUACAGGAGCGAGUAGACAAGCUAUCAGAGAGCUGUCGCCGUUACAAGAAUCAGAUUCGUUUGCUCGUUAACAAGUUGAAGGAAGUCGGGAUAGAAGAUGUCAACGAUAUAUUAGAUAAUAAUGACUCAGUGGUGCCCCCUAACGCGUCAAUGACACUAGAGAUGGCGCCAGUCACGCGCAAGAAAGAGCGCGAAUAUCUCGGAAUGUUCGAGUACAAGAUACAAGACGAGGGGAUCAUCAUCAAGAAGCUGAUCAGCGACUUAAAGCCCAAAAUCGCAGUUACACUCCUGCCGGGCCUCCCCGCCUACAUUCUCUUCAUGAUGCUUCGACACAUGGACCACGUAGACGAUGAACCUAAGAUGCAUCAGCUGAUGAAGGCAGUCAGGACUGCUGUCAAGAAGACGCUCAAGAAACGGGCGGAAAGCGUCGAGUAUAACGCGCUUUGGCUCGCUAAUAUGCUCAGACUCCUGAACAACCUGCGCCAGUACAGCGGCGACACAGUGUACCAGAGCGGCAACACCCCGCGCCAGAACCAGCAGUGUCUGAGGAUCUUCGACCUGUCUGAGUACAGGCAGGUGCUCAGCGAUAUAGCUGUCUGGAUAUACCAAGGGCUGAUCCUGCUCCUGGAGCGUCAGCUAGAGCGCCUGAUAGUCCCGGCCAUCCUGGAGCACGAGGAGAUCAGCGGGCUGUCGGGGCCGAGCGCGCGGCCCCCGCAGCCCGGGGCCGGCCCCCAGCGUCUCAAGCAGGAACUGUCCGCCACACACGCGCAUCUACACACCUACGCUGUCGAUCAACCGCUCAGACUUAUGAUAUUUAAACAGUUGUUCUACUACAUCUGCGCGUACAGCCUCAACCAGCUGCUCCUCCGCAAGGACCUGUGCUGCUGGGCCAAGGGUCUGCAGAUCAGGUACAACAUCUCCCAUCUCGAGACCUGGAUCAAAGAGCAUCUGGCUGAGUACGGACAGAAAAGCGUGGAGGAGAUCCUGGGCGUGUUGAAGCCCAUCACGCAGGCGGUGCAGCUGCUGCAGGCGCGCAAGUCCAUGCAGGACGUGCAGAGCACUGUGGACAUGUGCGCCAACCUCAACGCCAUGCAAGUCUGCAAGAUCCUGAACAUGUAUACUCCGGCCGAGGAGUAUGAGGUCAAGGUUACGCGCGAGUUCAUUCACGAGAUCCAGAAGAAGAUGCAAGAGAAAGCUGGCACUAACCCUGACAAGGAACCGCAAAACCUUCUAAUGGACUCCAAGAUGAUAUUCUCGGUGCAGUUUCCAUUCAAUCCCUCCCCAAUCAGACUGGAAGCAAUCGAGCUACCGGAAGUACUAGAAAUGGAUGGUCUUCUCACCAAGAUAUAGAAGACCAACAGUAGACCAAGAGCCCAGUAGACAAGUCACAUUACUCCUCGCGCUAAUGCUGACGAAUCACUCAAAUGUAUUGAACUGACAAGUCAAAGUCACGUCACUUGUCGAAGAGGAAUGUCAUUCACAUACAUUUGAAGUUUUCUAUUUUAUGUGACAAUGUCAAGGUCUUCUGAA